AUGGAGCAAAUCGCUGUGGACCCCGAUUUCUAUACUAUGUCCUACGGGACCGAACCGCAGGACUUUCACUCGGAAACCACUUCUCUUGCAUCAACGAUCGCAAGGGGACGAUUUGAGAAUGGCCGAAGAUAUCAGGCCACUAAAGAAGAUGACUACUGGGGCCCUUCCGACGAGCAGCAAUUCGAGGCAUUUGAGAUUGGUCAUAUGGUCUUCCUGGUCCUAGACCACAAUCAGCCGAAUCCCCUUUUCCGAGCCCCUAUUGGCCCCUCGCCUAAGAAAAUCUUGGACAUUGGAACCGGCCAAGGUAGUUGGGCAAUUGAUGUUGCCGAUUACUAUCCCGAGGCUACCGUCCACGGCGUGGAUGUCUUCCCUCCACCAACAUUAUGGAUGCCUCCUAACUGCGUCUUCGAAGUAGACGAUGUUCUUCGCGAGUGGACAUGGAAAGACUCAUUCGACUUCAUCCACAUGCGCCUGAUGUACGGCGCAUUCACAGAUGAGGGAUGGGACCAAGUUUACAAACAGGCAUAUGACGCCCUGGAGCCCGGUGGUUGGAUCGAGCAGAUGGAACUCGACGUGCGAGUCUACAGCGAUGACGGUACCCUGAAGCCCGAACACAUGUUACACGGAUGGGGUAACAUUUUCGUCGCAUGCUCCGAGCGAGCUGGACGCUCCCUCCGAACCCACGAGAAGAUGCGCAGCGCAAUUGAGAAAGCAGGCUUCGUGGACGUCCACGAGGAAAAGUACAAGAUCCCCAUGGGACCUUGGCCCAAGGACAAGCUGUUGAAGGAGGCAGGCCACCUUCAGUAUGCUCACUGGAAUGCUGCUCUCGAGGGAUGGGCUAUGUGGCUCUUGACUCACUUUGGUGAGCCGGAGCCUUGGACUAAGGAGGAGGUCCAGGUUUACUUGGCCAAGGUUCGCGCCGAGCUGAAGAACCCGCACAUCCACGCCUAUGAGCCUGCGAACCGCGUUUGGGCUAGAAAGCCCACCCUGGAGGAAGAGAGAGCGAGGCAGACUAAGAUCAAGAUCGAGCCUUCGCCCUAA